UUAUUGAAGUAAUUUUCAAUUAGUAUUAAAAACUUCUUUUUUAUUAUUAAUGAUAUUGUUAACUUUUCCCUUCUCUAGGAAUAGAAGUGAGUUUUCCUUUGAACACUGCAAAAAAAAAAAUACUGUAAUUGGUUCUAUCAGAACCGAAACCUGAGUUCAAUGCAAUGAAUUUCUUGCAUAGUCCUAGACACAGGUUCCUCUCACCCUUUACCCUCUUCACCCAACGCCGAUGGAAGAAACCCACCGUUUCCGCCCAAACCCGUUUGGAGGACAGAGUACGAGACCCCCACUUCGACAAACUUAUGACUCACCUCAAAAGACUCUACCAGGUCCUCGAAAUCUACCAACUCAUGUCCACCCGCAAACGCGCUCCCUUCGUGUCCCUCACACUCAUGUCCCGCUGGAGAAAUAUCCUUGGACUCAAUGUCCCUGUGGGCUCCUUCCUCCACAAAUACCCUCAUGUGUUCCACGUGUUCGUCCAUCCAUUCAGGAAGAACACGUGCUGCAGGGUCACAAAAAAGAUGAAAGAGUUGAUCUUGCUUGAAGGGAUGGUGGUGAGGCAGCAGGAGAUGGAGGCUGUGAAGAGGGUGAAGAAGUUGCUGAUGAUGUCUGUGAGUGGCUCUCUUCGUUUGCACGCUUUGAGGAUGAUCAGGAGGGAACUGGGUCUCCCUGAGGAUUUCAGAGAUUCCAUUCUUGGGAAGUUCAGUGGGGAUUUUAAAUUGGUUGGUUUGGAGGUUGUGGAAUUGGUUGAUUGGGAUGCAGAAUUGGGAUUGGCUGAGGUCGAGAAAUGGAGGGAGAGAGAGUACACAGAGAAGUGGUUGAGUGAGUUUGAGAUAAAGUUUGCAUUUCCCAUUGGUUUCCCAACUGGGUUUAAGAUUGAGAGAGGGUUUAGAGAGAGAUUGAAGAAUUGGCAGAGGCUUUCAUACACUAAACCUUAUGAGCGGAAGGAGGUUGUUAGGGUGAGGACUUGUGGAGGGAUUGAACGGUAUGAGAAGAGGGCUGUGGCUAUUCUUCACGAGCUAUUGAGCUUGACUGUGGAGAAAAUGGUUGAGGUUGAUCAACUGGCUCAUUUUCGUAGAGACUUAGGCAUUGAAGUUAAUGUGCGGGAAUUGCUGCUAAGACACCCUGGUAUAUUUUACAUAUCAACUAAAGGGAAGACACUAACUGUUUUCCUUAGGGAAGCAUAUCGUAAAGGGGGAUUGAUUGAACCGAAUCCCAUGUAUGAAGCGCGAAGGAAUAUUUUGAAUCUUGUACUCUUAGGAUGUAGGAAAACCAGAACAUUGUUGGCUGGUGAUGAGGCUAAGGAAGAGAGUAAUGUUGUAGUCUGUGAAGUGAAUGAGGAAGGUGAAAGACAAGGAGAUUGGGUGAUUCCUUUCUUGGAGAACUGUGAGGAGAGUAGAUCCCCUUGAUGUUGUGUGUAAAGGUAGCAGAUGCAGGAAAUUUGAAGAGAUUGUGAAAAUGGUUUCAGGAUUUUGGAGUUCAUUGCCUUUGUCGUCGUAGGCAUUGGCGUCCUCCUGUCCAUGCUUCAUGAGUGCAGACUCUGGCUCUGCGGCUAGGCUUUCGAGUGCAUUCUACGUAUGACAUUUCUCUUUUUUGAGUUCCAUGUCGGAGUUGGCGAUUCCUUUGCUCACACUACCUAAAGGAGCUGACUGGCGAUGCAGCUUACUUUCUUUUCAAUUAUUGUUGAGAAAUUUUGAUGAAUGCGUGGAAGGGGAAAUGCUUGGUUUUAGUUGAGGCUGUUUUUAUUUCAGAUAUUGAGACUCGAUACCUCGUAGUGAUGAGCUAAAUGUUGUAAGGAGAAGAGUUGUGGAUAGCUAUUGCAAAGUGUCUGUUAUUGGAAUGUUCUCCCUCCAUCACUCUGUCUUUAGAAGAAUAAUGGUCCUUAGUUGUUAUGUGUGCUUUUGUUUCAAUUCAUAUGCAUUGGAAGAUAGUUGAACUCUCAAUUCAUAUGUAUCUUGCUUUAAUUUUCUGCAGUAAAUAGUUUGAUUCAGGUUUCUAUUUUUGUUUUGGUUGAAUUCCUUCUUCCAUGCGUUUUUUCAGUUUCUUUGCAUUUGAGUAGCAAUCUUGAUGCUGUCACAGGAUGAUUAUUGCUGCCAUCAAGUUGCAUCUUGCAUUUGCAUUGUGUUAAUCAUGAUUUUACCAUUCUGCAUUAGUUUUCAGCGCUGCACCCAUUUUGCAUUCACAACUUCCUGCUGAGAAAUCUGCACUGCAUAUUACCAUUAGGCUUCAUGCACUCUGAAUCUGCAGUAGUUUUUCCUAUUGGUUGAUAAUGCUGACCCAAAUCUGCUGCCAAGAUCUAAAAUACUGCAGCUCAAUUGUAUUUCAUGCAGUGCAGAUUCCAUUCCAACUUGACAUUCUACUUGAAUCUUAAUUCCUUCGUCACCAUCUCAUAUCUAUUCAUUCAUCUUUGACUUAACUCAAUUUAGAGCAUCUUUGCAUUCAUAGUCCACUGCAACGUGUUCUGUUUCUAAAGUUCUAUGUUGAUCUGCCACUGCCAUGUGCUGGUUUAAUGUUGUCAUAAGAUCUUCCUGCAUUCUUUCAUUUGGCAGCUUAGCAUGGCAUCCAAGUACCAACCUAGCAUAAUUGAUUGGGUAUGUGGCUGUGAUGAGUGAAUCCUAAAACUGUUCAAAUAUGAAAUUUGUUCUGCAUUGUUGAUUGGGAUUUAUGCUACUGAACUUGAACUUUGAUUCUCUACUGUCAUAGAUAAAAUUCUGCUGCCAAUUGGUUUUUCAAGUGCUCAUCUUAUUCUAAACAAAUCUGCUCUGGUUUUAGUAAACUUACUGCACCUGGAAACUGAUUUGCCUUGUGUUGUUGUUUCCAAAUCCAAAAUUCUGCACUCAUUCUGCAUAAAAAAGUUUCCUGAUUUCUGAGGUGAAAUUGGUUGAGUAGUUGCUGUUACGUGCUGGCUUAAUGUGGCCACCUGGGUUCAUGCACAUUGAAUUGAUCUUGCUGUUAUUAUGUGCUACUUUAACGCUGUCACAGAUCAGUUUUAAGCCGGUUUGCUGUUGUUUUAUUCUGGUUUAGUGCUCACAUAAUUCACAGAAUCUCACCCAGUUCGGCAUCAUUUUCUUAUUGCCAUUCAUUCAUCCAUCUUAGUCAUUAUACAUUAUAACCGCUGGCCAUUGCUUUUCCAGAAAUUCAUUUUCCAUUCAUCUCUCUGAACAAAUCUGCAUUGCAUUCAGGUGCACAAUUUAAGUUCUGCUGCCAAUAGGGAUUCACGCACAUCAUCUUGUUCUUGUGUCAAGCUCAUUUUGCAUUGUUCAUGGUCUAAUACAGCAGCAUGUGGUAUCUGAGAUCUGCACUGCAUGCCUUAUCUUUUAGGUUCAUCUUCAUUCCAUCUUGGAUUCCAUUCUAGGUUCCUUGCAUCUCAUGCAUUGCAUUCACUCAUAUCUUAAAUUAGUUUCAUCAUGCAUUUAGAUAGUUUAGUUUUUAAUUGAAUAAAAAUUCAGCACUUUCUUUUAGUUUUUUUUCUUUAUUGUAUUUCUUUUUACCCCUUUGUUUUAGUUUUAUUUUCUUUUUAGCGCAAGCUAAACUUAACACACACCAUUUUCUUGGAUUCGAUCUUGAGUCAUCUUAAUGGAAGAUAAUUUGGGUUUUGUUUAACUCUUCAAAACGACUUAAGUUAACAGACAUUUUUAAUUAUCUUUUGCAUUGGGAUUGGCAUGUGUAGUUUUCUUUGCUCUCUUCUGCAUCAUUCUAAUGAUAGCACUAGCUUAUGCUAUGAAAAUCAGGGAAGGCACAUCAGAAAAAGAUAAUCAGGUCACUUCUUAUGUAUAUGUUUAUUCCGUCAAAUUCAUUGGUGAUGGUUGAUGACAACAAGAAACAACUUGUUAACACAUAGAUUCAUGCAAUAAAAGCCAUGAGUGAACUUUCUCUCAAUCCAGAUGAUUCUGUGAGUGCUGACUGUGUUAUCGUAUCUUUCAUCCAGUAAUUAUUUGGUGCUAAUCUAAUUUGUUCUUUGUAGUUAGUAACCGGUGGUGGUAGCUUUCUUUCAUGUUAAAUUUUAUUCCCUUCAACUGGCCUUGUCAUUUUUUGAUACUAUUAGGAUAUUUUAUCUGAUUUAUCCUUCUUUAAGUACUUAAUUGCUUUUGCUAA